AUGUUCUCCUCGCUGCUGCGCCGCCAGAAGAAUGGCCACCGCCGCGUCGACAUUCGCGACGGGAGCCCAUCGCCCUCCUCUCUCCCGCCUCGCCGCCACUUCACCGGCCGCACGCAUGCCACCGCCGACUUCACCGAGGCCGACGAUGACGAAGAUGACGACGACGGCGACGACCACUCCGACCCCGGCCGGGAGCGUGCCAAUCCGCGGGGUCGCGACCCUCGCCAACCACAAUCCGGCGGAGCUGCCGAUGACGCCGACGAGGAUGGCGCCAUCAAGCCUCUGCCUGUCCUCCCACUCUUUUCUGCCACCCAUCUCGACGCGCUGUCCAUAUACAACAUCACCCAUGCCAUCCGCAUUAUCGUAUGCACGCGCACCGAGACGACCCUCACGUGGGAACAAUUGCGCUCGCCCCAGAUUUCCCAGUUCUUGGUCAAGCCCAUGCAGCAGCAGAUUCGAACCCAACACUUUUCCCGCGCCACCCUGUACGCCCUCAUGGCCAAUUGCCUGCAGUUUUCAAAGGAGGGGCAGCGAUAUGCCGCCAACGCGGGCACGAGUAACACCAGAGCAAAGGUCUGCGAGCUUCUCGCCCUCAAGCUGCUCAAGGAGUAUACCACUCGAGAGUUGAUUGACGCCCUGGCAUAUGACUUUUAUCCCCUCCAAGGUCUUCCCGGAGCCCAGGGUCCCCUCCCACUGAACAGAAACUCAUCCAAGGCCAAGCAGACCCUGUCGGCCUCGAGGACGUCUACAUUGGAGGUUGCCAUUCGUGCGUCGGCCAAGCAUUUUCUUGCACAUCCCGUCGUGGUGCAACAGCUCGAGGCUAUAUGGAAUGGCGCCAUCACCUUCUACUCGGCGGCAGACCGCUUACACCGUGAAGCCCCUCCCAGCCCGUUCCGGAGUAUGAAUGGAGGCGCUGCUGAGCCGGAUGCAAGAACCCCAUUGCUCGGAUCUCUGCCGCCCAAGCAAGGCCACUCCUCUUUGCCGCCGGGAAGAAGGACCGUGAUGCUCUAUGAUCCCCGGCAGGCGUCCAUGCUCAAGCUCUCCCGCCUCCGUGUCCCUCGGUACCGGUCUUUCCUGUCUACCCUCUCCCUUGCCGUCUUGAUCGGUCUCUUCCUGGCCGUCCUGACCCAGCGGUCUGUGCAGAUCACGGGCUUGGAGCUUGUGUUCUGGUUCUGGAGUGCCGGGUUCAUGCUGGAUGAACUGGUUGGUUUCAAUGAGCAGGGAUUUGCUCUCUACAUAAUGAGCUUCUGGAACAUAUUCGACCUGGGCAUCCUCGUCCUGCUCAUCGCGUAUUACUGCAUGCGCGCCUAUGGUGUCUUUCUGGUCGAUCCCCAUCACUGGAAUGCCAUGGCGUACGAUGUGCUGGCUGCCAACGCCAUCCUGCUCCUGCCGCGCAUCUUCAGCGUUCUCGACCAUUACCAGUACUUCUCCCAGCUGCUAAUCGCCCUCCGUCUCAUGGCGGUAGACCUGGCGGCUGUGUUUGUCUUGGUCCUCAUCAUGUGCAGCGGCUUCUACGUCUUUUUCACGUUGUCGCAGAGUGCCAAUGGCGGUGGCGAUGUUGCCUACAAGAUCUUUCAGAUUCUCAUGGGCUUCAGCCCUGCAGCCUGGGAUGUCUGGCCCACGUACAACUGGCUCGCGAGGAUAUUGAUGAUGAUGUUUCUCAUCAUUUGCCACUUCUUGAUCGUGACGAUUCUCAUCACCGUCUUGACCAACUCCUUCAUGACCAUUGCAUCAAACGCUACGGAGGAGCACCAGUUCCUCUUCGCCAUCAACACCAUUUCAAUGGUCAAGAACGAUGCGCUGUUCUCCUACGUUGCCCCCAGCAAUAUCUUUGCGUGGCUAUUGAUGCCCCUGCGGUACUGCAUGCCGCUGAGGCACUUUGUCUGGCUGAACCGGACGAUAAUCAAAAUCACCCACUUUCCGGUCCUGUUCUGUAUCUACCUCUACGAGAGAUUCUGGCUCGCGCCAUCCAUAUACGAGCCGACAGACUUGGUCGAAAACCAUGGCAGGAGCCGUCCUAGGACGAUAUCGUUCCGCGAUCCGAUAGAGCGCUCCGCCAUGUUUAGCCCCAACGUGCGGGUCCGCGAGGAAUCCGUGGCUGGCUUUCACAAGGACCGAGCGCUGGAAGAAGUCUUCCGGCGCGUUCCCGAAGCCAGCACCUUGCGCACCCAGAGGAGGUACGAGAGGCGCAAGACGCAGACAGCCAUUCGCAAUUGGAUGGAUCAAAACGACGAGGCAGGCGUGCCCUUGUCCAACUGGCCUACCCUCGACAGCCGGGCGGUUCCAGACUGGCAUAGACGGCUGAGCAUGGGCUGGGAGCGAUCCUCGCAUCCCAGGCAGGUUUCUGACGUCAGAUCAACGGCGAGCGACCCGGCCGACUUCAUGUCCAACCACGGAGCGUCCGUUGCGCGCGGGCAUGGAUCGCGGCUGGACAUUGUCGUUACCCCCGACUACAAGGAUCAUACGGAUGCAGAUGGUGACGAUGAGCUGGUUACCAACGACGAGGAUGAAGACGACGCGGGGACGAAUGCUGACCGCAGCCAUCAAUUCGCAAAGCACGGGGUCGAGGAUGAGGAUUACUUCACCACUCCCAUUCCGGUGCGCUCGACGAAGCCGACGUCGUCUCACGACUCAUCCGCCAGUCUAGUAAUUCCUGCCCCCCCUCGUGUGAGUAUCCAGAAGCGCGGCGGGCACAGCCGUUCUGUGUCGACCAACACCAUCCUCUACAAGCCCGAGGAGCUGCCGCAGAUGCACGUGUCUUCGUCCUCAAAAUCACCCCCCAAGCCGAUCCCCGGUCGAAAGUCCGGGCCGAGUGGACGCAACACGGGCGCCAACACGCCCGUCCAGGCUGUGCGACGAAGCUCUCCUCGACGGCCGGUGCAUGUGUCAAUCUCUCACCCUCGGCCUGUACUGACGCCCCGCGGUCUAACAGAGACGGGAGGCGUCAGCCGAACGGCCAUGCUCAGCCUUGACCCGCAGGACCGCCUGCGUGAGGCCAGGAGACUCUCGUCUGUGGACCUGAGCGUGCUCUCGGACAACUUUGGCGGUGACGACCCCGCCGGGGGGAUGGCCGGGAGCUUCCAGACGCAGAUGGCAAUGGCCAUGAUGAAGGACAACCGCCUCCGGGUCGCCGGCGGAGUCGACGUGGCCGACAGGGACAGGAUGGGGAGGCUGGUGCUGGCUCGCAUGAAGACAUUGGAGGAAAGCUUUGCAGACGUAAUCAAGGAGAUGCGCGACCUCAAGAGCAUCUCGACUGCGCCGCAAUCAAGGAGAAACUCGUCGGGAGAGGAGCUGAGAGUGGCGGCAGGCAUGAGUGGAUACGAGCGGUCGAAGGGAGCUUCCAGGGGCGAUGCGACGCCGAAGAAGGGGUACGGCAAAAGGCCUGUGAGUCGGCGGAGUAUGAAGGAAGGCAAGGUGGGCAUGACAUCGCGGCUGGACGCCAAGGGCAAGGGCAAGGAGGUGCGGUACUCGACGACCGACGACGAGGCCGAGGCCGAGGCUGACCUUGGCUUGAGGGGGAGUUCGAUGUGA